CUUGUUUGGGCCAAGCUUCAUCGCCUCUGCAACAACCUUGAUGUCUGGGAGAGGCAAAGGAACAAAAGGCAUCGGUCAAGGGGGGACAAGGCGCCAUUGCUUCAUAUUGCGGGACUCAAUCCAAGGCAUCUCGAAGAAUUCUAUCCGCCGUUUGGCCCGUCGCGCUGGUGUUAUUCGCAUGUCUGGACUGGUGUUCGACCACACUCGAGCUGUGCUUAAAGUGUUCGUGACAAAUCUGUUGCGGGAUGCGGUUGUCUACACCCAACACGCCAACCGGAAGACGAUCAGCACCAUGGACGUCAUUUACGCUCUGAAGCGUCAAGGCCGUCUUCUCUAUGGAAUCGAGCACUGAUCACCUAGGUUGUUGUGGCUACGAAAUUCAAGCAAGAUUAUUGUUUCAA